AUGAAUAAAGAUAAUAAUGGAAAUAAAAAAGAUAAAGAUAAAAAUAAAAAUAAUAGUACUAAUAAUAAUAAUAAUAAUGAAGAUAAACAUAUGUUCACAUAUGGAAUAAAAGAUAAUAAUAAACAUACACAACCAAAACCAAACAAUUACCAAAUUCCAUCUCAUUUACAAAAGUAUUCAAAAUUUAAAAAUUCAUAUUAUAACACCAAUUUUGAAAGUGAUAAAAAGAAAGAAUCACCCCAACUUCCAUCUAAACAACAACCACCACAACAACAACAACAACAACAACUACAACAACAACCACAACAACAACCACAAGCAACUUUUUCAAAAAAUCAUAUUGAUAAAAUCCAAGAAACUUUAAACAAUGCAAAAUCUAAAUCUAAAACAAAUAAAAAGCUUGAUCACUUUAUCCACAAGGAUAAACAUUUAAAAAAUGAAAGUACAUUGCAAAUUACUGACCCCAAAACAACAACAACCACUACAACCACAACAACUACUACUCCUACCACCACUACCACUACAACUUCCAAAGAUAAAGAUAAAGAUAAAGAUACAGAUAAACAACAGCAAAAACAAAGGGAGGAAAUAAAUGGAAAAGAAGAAGAAAAAGAAGAAAAGGAUCAAUCAAUUUUUAUAAUAAAAAAAAAUACAUUUGAAAUACAAUUUAAUGAUAAAAAUAAUAAAAAUAAAAAUAAUAAUAAUAAUAAUAAUACAAUAUUAACAAAUGAUGAAAAUGAAAUUAAAUUAAUAAAUGAAAAAGAUGAUGAAAUAAUUAGAAUUAAUAAGAUUAGAGAAAGACAAAAUUCAUUUCCAUCAUUAUUUCCACACUAUAAUAAAUUUACAAACGUUCAUGCAUCAGUAUCAUUACAUAAUCCAUUCAUAAGGUCAGAUCAUGGAUAUAGAUUCAUUUUAUAUAGAUUCCCACAUUUAAAAAAUAGUAAUAUUAAAUCAUAUAAUUUCUGUAGAAAUAUUACAAUCUCUCAUCUUCAUUUCGAUCCAAAACAAUCUAUUGAUCGUUCAUUGAAAAAUAUUACAUUAUUUUUAAAAAGAAAUCAAUUCUUAGAUCCCAAUAUUGAAAGAAUUUGUCAUAAAGAAAUUUUAAAUAGUAAUAGACAUAGAAAAAUUAGAUUAUCAACACCAAUUAAUAAUAAUAAUAAUAACACUAAUAAUAAUUUAUCAAUUGAUUUAACAUCACCAUAUUCCUCUUCACUAACUUUUGAUAAAAAAAACUCAAAGAAAUCUAAAAAGAAAAUAUCAUUUGAACCUACUCCAACAAUUUUAACAACAAGAUUAAGAACAAGAUUAAAUCAACAACAACCACCACCACCGCAACAACAACAAGAUAAAGGUAAUGAAAAAGAAGUACAAGAAGAGGGGGAGGAGGAGGAAGAAAUUGAACAAUCAGAUAGAGAUACUGAAACUGAUUUUGAAAAUUUUAGUGAUUACUAUGAUGAAGAUGAUUAUGACGAUGGUAGUGAAGAUGAUUAUGAUCCAAAUAAUGAUGAAAGUAUAUUAGAUGAUGAUAUAUCAUCAAUGGGUGAAAUGGAAUCUGAAUCUGAAUCUGAGUCUGAAACUUUUAUUAGAAUUGAUGAAGAUGGUAAUACAUUUUCUGGCAAUGGUGCUGGUGCUGGUACUGGUGGUAGUGGUGGAAAUAAAAAAGAUAAAUCUAAUAUUAGUAAUAUCGGAUUCAAUCAUUUAGAUAAAUCAACUCAAUUUAAUGAAAGAAUGUUUGGUGGUUCAAGAUUACAUUAUGAAACAUUUGGUAAUGAUAAAUUCAUUAUACUAUCAACUGGUCCAAUUAUGAAUGUUUUAUCAAUUUAUCAUUUAAAUGAUAACAAUUCAAAUUCUUUCCCAUUAGAAUAUAACUAUGAAUCACAUUCAUUAGCAUAUUAUAAAGUACCACAAACAAUUUUAAAUAUUUCAAUUUCAACAAUUUCAACAAAAGUGCAUGAUAAUAAUAAUAAUAAUAAUAAUAAUAAUAAUAAUAAUAAUAAUAAUAAUAAUAAUAAUAAUAAUAAUAAUAAUAAUAAUAAUAAUAAUAAUAAUAAUAAUAAAGUAGAUGAACCAUCUAUAGAAGAAGUUGGUGAUAGUGAGGAAGAAGAAGAAGAAGAAGAAGAAGAAGAAGAAGAAGAAGAAGAAGAAGAAGAAGAAGAAGAAGAAGAAGAAGAAGAAGAAGAAGAAGAAGAAGAAGAAGAAGAAGAAGAAGAAGAAGAAGAAGAAGAAGAAGAAGAAGAAGAAGAAGAAGAAGAUGAAGAUGAAGAAGAAAAUCAAUUAAUUCAAAUUGAAUUAUUAAAUAAUUAUACAUUUUCAGAUAGAAUUAUGGAUGUUUGCGUAUCAAAGAAAAUUAUAAAUCAAUCUUUUGUAUUAUUGGAGAAUUCUUCAAUAUUUAAAUUAAAUUUUAAUUUAACCCUAAUUUCAAAGAGUUUAAUUCCAAUUGAACCAUUUGAAUUCAUUCCUCCAAUAAUUGAAGAGGAUGAACAACAAAACCAACAAAAGCAAGGAGAAGAAGGAAAAGAAGGAGAAGGAAAAGGAAAAGAAGAAGAAGAAGGAGAAAAAGAAGAACAAAAUCAAAAUGGUAGUAGUGUGGAACAACUAUCAAGAAAAAAACAAUAUAGUCCAUACGAAUGGAUGAGAUUUAAAUUAAAUAUAGCAGAAACUCAAAUUAUUUUAUCAUAUUCAAAUAAAAUCAUAUUAUUUGAUUUACAAUGUGAAAAUAUUAAACGUAGAAAAUUAUUAGAAUCAAGUGAACAUGAAAAAGGAAUUAUCAAUGGAUUCGAGUUAAUUGAUGGUUACCCAUUUCAUAUUAUAAUUUCAACUGAUAAAUAUUUAUUUUUAUUUGAUACACGUUAUAUUGAUAAUCCAUUAAUUUGUUGGAGAAAUCCAAAAACUUUUAAUUCAAUUAGUAGCAGUGGUGGUAGUGGUAGAAAUAAUAAUAAUGGUAAAAUUGGUGGUGGUAAUGGUAUUACUAUUAAAGUUUUACAACAUUUAAUUCAAUCACAUGAUGAUUUAAUAUUUAUAUUGGUUUCAAAUUCAAUUAGUGGUGAUAUUUCAAUAUUUCAAUAUUCAUUUGGUAGAGCACCUACAACUCUAUCAUUACCAUUCAUGCCAAUUAUUGGUCCAAAAGGUUCAUUAUCUGAAAGUUUUUUCGAAUCAUCUUUUCAAAAUUUAUUAAGAACUGAUUAUAGUAGUAGUAGUAGUAGUAGUACCAGUAAUAAUAAUAAUAAUAAUUUUAUAAAUGAAAUUUAUCAAGCAAUACCAUGUUCAACACCAUUCACACCAAUUACUUCAUUUGGUGAAAGAAGUGUUGGUGGUAGUAGCAAUAAUGGUGAUAUUAAUUAUUAUAACACUGUAAUUAAUGAAAAUGAUAUUAAUAAUAUUAAUAGUGGUAUUGGUGGUGAACAAUCAGGUUGUUCGGAUUCAAAUUUUACAUGUAAUCCUUAUACUUGUUAUCCAUUGAUUGGAGUUUGUUUAAUACCAACUAUAGUUCAUAAUUUAGUUGGUAUUACAAUAUUACAAUUGGGAUCAUUUGGUGAUAUGACAUCAACAGUCUAUCUAUUACAAGAUAUAAUAUCAACAGAAGCAAAGAAUGAACAAUUAUUAGAUCAACAAUAUCAUUUAGAACAAAGUAAAAAAGUUGAAACUCAAAAAUACCUUUAUUGUAAAUCAAUCAUUUUUAAAAAGUUUAGAAAUCAUUCAAAUUUUAAAUCAAUCAUUGAAAAGUUGGAAUUUAAUUUCCAAGAGAUUUUAAAAAAAUUUGAAAAAGAAGAAAAACAAUUAUUAACAUCAUUUAAAAAAUAUAAAAAUAAAAAUUCAUUCACAAAUAAUAACAAUAAUAAUAAUAAUAAUAAUACAAUUAAAGAAAGUAUAAUAAAUAAUACAAAUGAAAUUGAAUCAUUAUUAGAAGAUGAUGAUAAUAAAGAAAUACAAGAAAUAUUUUCAACUACAUCAACUUCAAUUUCUGAUACAUCAACUAUUGUUUAUAAUUUAUUAUCAAUUGAUCAAUUAACCAAUCAACAAGAAGUGAGUUGUACUGGUGCUGGUGGUUCUGAUAAAUUAAUUGAUUAUUCUUUAUUUUAUAGAACACUUGAUCAACAUAUUUCAAUUGGUAGAUUAAAUGAUCGUAGAAAUAAUGGUUAUUAUUUUAGUGGUAGAUAUGCAAAGAAUCAAUGUUUUAAAAAUGUUAAAACUAAACCAAUACCAGAGAAAUUUAAAAUUAUUGAUAAACAAACUGGAAAACCUUGGAAUUCAAUCGAUUUCGAUAGUGAUAAUUUAGGUCAAGCUAUCAUUCAAUUAUUAGAGUUUUAUGGUCCACAAACUACAACUGAAUUAAUGUUUCAUUUAAAUGGUUUCUUUUUAAAUUAUGAAAUUUUAGAUUAUUUAAAAUAUUAUUCAAUUGAAACUACAACCUCUGAAAAUCAAAAUACCAACACCAACACCAAUAACAAUAACGAUGAUGACUAUAAUAAUAAAAGUAGACCAAUAUUUAAAUCAAUUAUCAAACCAAAUAAAAGUUUAUUAAAUAGAGAGAAAAUUGAUAUGGUAACUCAAGACCACGAAAUUGAAUAUGAUUUUGGUGAAGAAGAAAGAAGAGACUAUAUCGAUUUCAAUUCAACAGUUUAUCAUUUAGAUCCUUUCUUUUCAAUUGAAAAUUUAAAAUCUCAACCUUUAUUCUUAAAAACUAGACAUAGAUUCUCAAAUAAAGAUUAUAAAGGUAAAGAUUCUGUUAAAUCAAAAUAUGAUAAAAUUUAUGAUAUGGCAAAUGAACAACAAGAAAAAAAGAAAAAACAACAACAACAAAAUAAAGAAAAACAAAAUAAUAAUAAUAAUAAUAACGAACAAGAGGAGGAGGAGGAUGAUGAUGAUGAUGCACCACAAUCAAUUGCCGAUAUUUUUAAACAAGAAGAAUUAGAAAAAGAGAAACAAUUACAAGAACAACAACAAGGAGUUGAUAAAAAGAAGAAUAAAAGUCAUUAUAAAGUAGUUGUUAGAAGUUCAUUUUAUCCUGAAGAUUGGAAAAAAGAAUGGUUUGAUGGUUAUAGUGAUAUUAAUCCAAAUGCAACUAAAUUAAUUUCAAAAUUCGAGAAAUUUUCAACCAAACAGCAACAACAACAUCAACAACAAAAAGAAUAUUCAACAACCAAAUCUUCAAUCACCUCUAAAAAUGAUGAAAAUAUCAUUGAAAGAAAUAAAAGAUCAAGCGAAAAUCUUUCAUCAUCUUCUCAAAAUGGUGAUACAAAUACUUUUAAGAGAUUAAAAUCUUUCGAUCAAGAACAAUCUGAUGAUCAACAAUCAUACUCUCAAUCUACUGGUUACAACUUUACAUCUUCUCAAAAUAGAAAUGUUGGUGGUAGUAGUUUUGGUGGUAGUAGUUUUGGUGGUGGUUUUGGUGGCAGUGGUUUUGGCGGUGGUGGUGAUAGUGGUUUUGGUGGUAGUAGUGGUUUUGGUGGUGGUGGUGGUGGUGGUUUUGGUAGCUUCUUUUCAUUUCAAAAUUUAUCACAACAAGCGAAUUUGGGUGGUGAUAUCUUUUCUCAAAAUCAUCAUGAUGACAAUAAUAAUGAUGAUGAUGAGCAAAAUGAUCAACAAGAAAAAAUGUCAAUUGAAGAAAAUCAAAAGAAUUCUCAAGAAAAUGUAAAGAAAAUUGAAAAAACUAAGAAACAAAAAGAGGUGAAAUUUGAAACUAAUUCAAGAGAUGAACAAGAACCACAAGAUCAAAAACAAGAACAAGAACAAGAACAAGAACCACAACAAGAACCACAACUAUCACAACAACAACUCCAAAAACUACAACAACUACAACAACAAGAAGAAGAGGAUGAUGAAGUUGAGGAUGAAGGAAUAUCCAUACCUCAAGCAUCAAGUGAAUAUAGUUUCUUUUCAUCUUUUUCACAAAUUGGUGGUGGAAUUUCAGGAAUGUUUUCUCGUUUUACUGGUAAAAAGCCUGACCCAAUACCUACAGACAAUAAAUUUAAUGAGAUUAAUUCUGCUUCAACCUCACUACAACAACAACAACAACAACAACAACAACAACAACAACAACAACAACAACAACAACAACAACAACAACAACAACAACAACAACAACAACAACAACAACAACAACAAGAUAAUGAAGAAGAAGAGGAGGAAUACCCAUCCAAUUCUCAAUCAGAUUAUAACUUUUCACAACCUCCACCUUCAAAUUGUAGAGCACAAUAA